AUGAAGAACGCGGUGGCGUUGGUAACCGGUGGGGCCUCGGGUUUAGGUAAAUUUACAGUCCAGCAUUUGCUUAAACAUGGCUUUAAAGUUGCCCUACUGGAUCUUCCUUCAUCAAAUGGUGCUUUUUUGUCUCGGCUGCUGAAUCAGAAUUGUGCAUAUAUUCAGGCUGAUAUUGCAAAUGAUGAGGAAGUUAAAAAUGGCUUAUCGAAAGUGAAGGAUAAAUUUGGACAUCUGGAUAUUGUUGUCAACUGCGCAGGCAUUUCUUUCAAUCGUAAGGCAUUCAGCUUUAUCACCCCAAAUAGCGAUCAAAAAGCUACAGUCAUGUCGGAUUUGGGAAAAAUGCUCUCAGUGAAUGUUGGGGGGACAUUCAACGUUAUUCGACAUGCGCUUCAUUUACUCACUGAAAAUGAUAAGGAUGAAAUGGGCUGUCGAGGUAUUGUCAUUAACACUUCAUCAUUUUCAUCUUUCGAACCGCAGUUAGGACAAGUAUUUGAUUCAUUAUGUUCUGGAGCGUUGAACAGUGCAACAUUAUCAUUGUCCAAAGACUAUGCUUCCGUUGGUGUUCGAUUUGUAACGAUUGCUCCUGGUAUUUUUCGAACGCCGUUGGUAAUUUCUCAUAUGAAUGAAAUGAACUUGGAGGAUUAUGAACGAAUGGUACAACUUCCUUCACGACUGGGCUUACCGGAAGAAUUUGCUGCACUUGUAUUGCAUAUAAUACAAAAUAGAUAUUUAAAUGGUGAAGUUAUUCGUUUAGAUGGUUCUCUCAGAAUGCCUUUGUGA